AUGACUAAGCCUACUAAGAGAAGAGAUAAGGAUUCGAAACAUGAAGAUGACUCUGUGGAUGAAACAACAAGUAGAACCAGCGCAUUAGAUUCAAGUGAACCUGUUUUGACCGAAACGCAUAGUGUUACUAGAAGAAGAUCAUUAACGCAUAAGCAGCCCCAUUCACACGAAGGUGAUAAAAAGGAGAACACUAAGAAAGAGAAAGUUAAGAAGAAGAUGUUUGAAUCUAGAAGAGUAAUUUUUAUUAUGGGAACAGUUAUUGGGUUAAUUGCAGCCGGCUUUUUUGGGGCAGCAUCGAAUCCAAGUAUGAAGGCGGAACUUGAUAAGUUGGUAAGUUUUGAUUCUGUUAGUGGAUUGUUAGAUGAUUGGAAAGAAGCUUUGCCUUCAGGAUUGCAAUCUAUAUUGAGUGAUAUUGACGGUUCUGGAAAUGAAGAUCCUUUGUAUGGUUCGGCCGAAUCCUUUUCGGUCGGUAGAAGAAUGGUGUCCAACCAUAACUUAACAAGUAAGCAUAGCGUUAUUAUGGUUCCAGGGGUCAUUUCCACUGGAAUUGAAUCUUGGGGUUUGGAACAACCUGCCGAUUGUCCUUCUGUGAACCAUUUCCGUAAAAGAUUAUGGGGAUCGUUUUAUAUGUUAAGAACUAUGAUCUUGGAUAAAGCAUGUUGGUUAAAAUAUAUAAUGCUUGAUCCUGAAACAGGUUUAGAUCCUCCCAAUAUUAAAUUAAGAGCAGCCCAAGGGUUCGAGGCGGCAGAUUUCUUUGUAGCAGGAUAUUGGAUUUGGAACAAGAUAUUACAAAACCUUGCCGUUAUCGGAUAUAACCCAAAUAAUAUGAUUAGCGCUUCAUACGAUUGGAGAUUGGCAUAUUUAGAUUUGGAAAUACGAGAUGCUUAUUUUUCUAAAUUAAAAGCACAAAUUGAGAUGACUAAAAUUGUAAGCGGUGAAAAGUCAGUUUUAGUUGGUCAUUCAAUGGGAUCCCAAGUUAUUUAUUACUUUUUAAAAUGGGUAGAAGCAUCUGGUGAACACUAUGGUAAUGGUGGCUCAAAAUGGUGUAAUGAUAAUAUCGCUGCAGUGGUGGAUAUUUCUGGUAGUACCUUGGGUGCCCCAAAGACAAUUCCAGCUUUAAUCUCUGGUGAAAUGAGAGAUACAGUGCAAUUGAAUGCGUUGGCAGUCUAUGGAUUAGAAAAAUUCUUUAGUCGCAAGGAAAGAGUUGAUAUGUUAAGAACUUUCGGUGGUGUUCCAAGUAUGUUACCAAAAGGGGGUGAAGUUAUCUGGGGAAAUUCUACACAUGCUCCAGAUGAUCCUUCCAAUACCUUGUUGACACCAUUGAGCUCUAACGAAACUCUCCCUGAAGGUCCUAAGGGAGAAACAUUUGGUACAUUUAUCAGGCUUGACGGAACUUCGAAAAAGAACUUAACCAUGGAUGAAAGUAUUGAUUAUUUGCUCGAAAGAUCCCCAGACUGGUUUAGUAAUAGAGUAAAAGAACAAUAUUCUUUCGGUAUUGCUAAAACUAAGAAGGAGUUAAAACGUAAUAACCAGGACCACCUGAAAUGGUCUAAUCCAUUAGAAGCAGCUUUGCCAAAUGCUCCUGAUAUGAAGAUGUUUUGUUUCUACGGUAUAGGAAAACCAACUGAAAGAGCCUAUUACUAUCAUGAUGCUGAUCCAUCUGUUAAAUUAGACCAUACUAUAAAUUCUGAAGUCGAAAAUCCAGUCUUACUAGGUGAUGGAGAUGGUACCGUAUCUUUAUUGACUCAUGCAAUGUGCCACGAAUGGCAAAAAGGAAGCAAAUCAAGAUAUAAUCCAGGUAAUACGUCUGUAACUAUCGUUGAAAUUAAACAUGAACCCGAUAGAUUUGAUAUUAGAGGUGGUGCUAAAACGGCUGAUCAUGUUGACAUCUUGGGUUCGGCUGAGCUUAAUGAAUUAGUUUUAAAAGUUGCAGCUGGAAAGGGCGAUAUGAUUGAAAGCAGAUAUGUUAGUAGAUUACGUGAAAUCGUUUCUGAGAUGGAUAUUUAG